AAUAAUAUAGAGGGACGGCCAUCUUUACCAGGAGGGGCAGCUGAACUGAACUGAACUGAACUGAACUGAAGUUCUUUCAUGGAGAACUGUUUGACUCAGACUCGGUUGCUGGUGCGACUGAUUGUUGCCGUUGCCUCAGAACGCUGCAGGACAACAGGAAGUUGCCCUCAGUGGGACUUCCUGUUAAAGACAAGCUCUGAAGGCUCAGCAGGAUUGGACCGAUUCAUCACGGUUUUGAUGAGUUCUGAUCGGAUUAGAACCCUCUGGAUCUACAGAACUCCAGGCCCAGUUGUGUUCUGCUCUGGGUUUCAGCCAUUCACCAGUUGCUGUGUUUGGACCGGUUCUGGUUCUGAUCCAGUUCUGGCUCCUGAGAACUGCUCCAUGUCCCGGGCUGAACCUACAGGUUCCAGCGGACCUGCUGGUUCUGAUGCUGAUCCUGGUUCUAGAAUGACACCACAACCUGCUUUCAACUGUGAAACUCUACGGAUCAGAACCGGGUCACAACUGGUUUCUUCUACGACUGGACACACUGGCAGAACCGGGUCCAGUUCUCAGACAGGUUGCCAUGGAAACACUGUUCCCAGGGAGGAGGUGGGCGGAGCCAGCAGCAGAACCUGGAGUCAGCAGGUUCUCAGGACCUUCAUCAUGUCGUCCCUGGAACCAACUGGACCGGACCGGGACCGACGCAGGAAGCAGGGGGAGCCUCUGAGCCGCUCAGUCAGCCCCACCAGGAGGUUCUUCCAGCGGGUUCCCUUGAACCGGACCUCCGGUCCACGCUCCGGUCCGACCAGAACCCCCAGUUUCAAAAUGAGUCCGACUCCUCUCAGAACCAUCUUCCCCGACCCGACUGGACCACAGGACUCCCCAGCCAAGGCUUCGCGCAGGCUGAGCUUCAGUGGGAUCUUCAGGGCUUCCAGGGAGUGGAACCAGCAACCCGUGGCGACCCAGAAGCUGAUUGGACGGAACCGCAGAGACAAUGCCAGAGCCCCCUCCCCCCACAGGCAGGUGGGCGGUUUCCACCUGGAGACGUACCUGUCAGAGCCACGGCGCCCAGAGGCCAGCAGGCGGCGCUCCUACUCCUCCCCUCCUGACUCCGCUCACCUGGCUACCUCCACCUGCAGCUGGCCGGCCCCUCAGGCCCCGCCCCCUCAGGCCCCGCCUCCACCUGCCUCUGCUCACACCUGGAGCCAGGUGGAGGUCGCUGGUGGCAUGUUGGAGCAGCUGGAUCACACGGAUCCCGGAGAUCCUGGGUCCGAGGAGUCGGAGAGAGACAUCUACAUGCGCUUCAUGAAGUGCCACAAGUGCUACGAUAUCGUCCCCACCAGCUCCAAACUGGUGGUGUUUGACACAACGCUGCAGGUGAAGAAGGCCUUCUUCGCACUGGUGGCUAACGGGGUGAGAGCGGCUCCUCUGUGGGAGAGCAAGAAGCAAAGCUUUGUGGGAAUGUUGACCAUCACAGACUUCAUCAACAUCCUCACCAGAUACUAUAAAUCCCCCAUGGUGCAGAUCUAUGAGCUGGAGGAGCAUAAGAUCGAGACGUGGAGAGAGCUGUACCUGCAGGAGACCUUCAAACCUCUGGUGCACAUCUCACCUGACGCCAGUGUGUUCGAAGCGGUCCACUCCCUGAUAAAGAACAAGAUCCACCGGCUUCCUGUCAUCGAUCCGAUCAGCGGCAAUGCUCUCUACAUCCUGACUCACAAGCGGAUCCUGAAGUUCCUGCAGCUCUUUGUGUGUGAGAUGCCCAUGCCGGCCUUCAUGAAGCAGACACUGGAGGAGCUUGGGGUGGGAACGUACUCCAACAUUGCCUACAUCCACCCUGACACCCCCCUCAUCAUGGCCCUGUCUGUGUUCACACACCGCCGGGUCUCUGCGCUGCCCGUCGUGGAUCAUAGCGGGAAGGUGGUGGACAUCUACUCCAAGUUUGACGUGAUUAACCUGGCAGCUGAGAAGACCUACAACAAUCUGGAUGUGACGGUCACCCAGGCUCUAAGACACAGAUCGCAGUACUUUGAAGGCGUCAUGAAGUGCAACAAGCUGGAAACACUGGAGACCAUCGUGGACCGGAUCGUGAAGGCUGAGGUCCACAGGCUGGUCGUGGUUGACGAUGAGUCUCAUAUCAUUGGCAUCGUGUCACUGUCGGACAUCUUGCAGGCCCUGGUUCUGAUGCCUGCUGGACUGGGGAGGAAGGAGUCCAUCACCUCCCAACCAGAACCCCUGAACCCAGUGGAACCAGAACCAACAGCUCCAAAUGGGUCGGACCGGGACCCGGUUCUGGAGCUGGAGGCAGAAAGCAUCCCGGGACCAGGAGGCGAGCCAGAGACAGAAACUGAAACAGAUCAGAACCAGGAAAAGGACCAAGAUCAGGACCAGAACCAAGACCAAGACCAAGACCAAGACCAGGACCAGGACCAGGACCAGAACCAGAACCAGAACCAGAACCAGAACCAGGAAAAGGACCAAGAUCAGGACCAGAACCAAGACCAGGACCAGGACCAGAACCAGAACCAGAACCAGAACCAGGAAAAUAACCAAGAUCAGGACCAAGACCAGAACCAGAACCAGGUACCAGAAACUGAACUGGACCGGGAUCUCCAAGGAGCCACAGAGGAGGUUCCUGAGAGCGGCCAGCAGGGGGAGCCAGAGGAGGAGGUGGUGGCAGGUGGAGAGGAGGGAGAGGAGGGGAAGUGACAUCAUCACAGUGGUUCCCCGCGGCGCUUCGAUCAAACCACAGAAAAAAAUCAGGACAGGGUGGACUGUGAUUGGACUGCUGAUCAGUGGGGCGGAGCCAGACUAACAUGCUGGGGCCAAUCAGAGGAAGGUUCUGGUUCUGCCUGCUGGGUUCUGGAGGAGCUUCAGGAAGAUUGGUUGCCUUGGCAAUGGAUUGGUCCUGUAACCCCUCCUGGUGGAAGUCUGUCACUGCAGCCUCAUUACAGCCAUGAAGCUCGACCAGAACCAGAACCGGGUCACCCUAAACAUCUGGACCUUCUCAAGGUGGAGAAACAUUUGAACGAGCCUAUCACUGUUGAGCUGCUGCAUCAUUUCCUGUUUCACUGACAGCCAAUCACAUGUUGUUACUUUGGUGGAAAAUGAUUUUAUUCUGGAAAUUAUUGUUUCUACUUCCUACUGUACUGUAAGGGGGCGGGGCCCCAGACAGUUUGGACCGAUCAGAUUAGAGAAUAUUUAACUUUGUAUAUUCAUAUUUUACUGUUCCCAUAGAGACAAAGAAAUGUAAUAUUUAACAGCUGUGAUGUCGUCAUGGUGCGUCUGUGACAUCACAGUUUCCAUAGUGAGUCGCUUUGCUGCUGCUGUGAAAACAAAUUAAAACUGCUGAUCUGAGUCUGCCAGUCUGGUUUUACUGGUCCAACUGGGGAGCAUUAUGUGACAGUAAUGACGAUAUGUUAUAGUACCUGGUUCACUUUAUAAUAUUCAAGUUACACUUGCUGGUGUAAAUGCUCCCAACUGGGAUGACCCCACUUUCAUAUCCUUGUUCAUUUCUGCUCUACCCAACAUGAACUCUCACCUUUCGAUAUUGGGUGGUGACAUGAACUGUGUAAUGGAUCUGACCCAAGCCCGAAUCAGCUCCAGAUCAACACCUCCAUCCAAGAUGGCGCAGGCCUUGGCAGCAUCUGUGAAGGAGGCGGGCUGCACAGAUCCUUGGUUCUGCAGCACCAUGCAGAAGUAGCACUGGAUUUAGACUGUGGUGAUGAAGAGGCAGACGGUGAUCUUCCAGUUUACUGGUGGUUUUGAUGAGACACUGAAGGAGUUGGAACAUGUUGGAGGAGCAACAGAACCGGUUUCUGAGCAGCGCCUUCAGCAUUUCUGUGGAAGGAAUCCGGAAGCAGCUCAGUUUGGGUCGAUCCAGCAGAGCACCGCCGUCUUCACGCAGCAGGCAACGCAUCGCUGAGCUCCGUCUGACAGCUGCUGUAGGUCAAGAUGUGCACAGAAGAGAAUCUUGUUGAUGUCAUGGAUGAUAUGGAAGAUAGGGAUUUCACCACCUUCAUAUGGCAUCUGAAGAAGGAAACCUGGAACGGUAUGCAACCAAUCAAAAGCACCCAGUUGCAGAAGGCGGAGAGGUUGGAUGUUGUGGACCUGAUGGUGCAGAAGUACCAAAUCACUGGAGCUGUGCAGGUCAUGAUGAAUAUAUUGAGGAAGAUCAGCAGGAAUGACCUGGUAAAGAAGCUGGAAGGGUUUUGUCCUGAAGCUGCAGCUAAAGCUGGUAGUCCAGCGGCGUCUUCAAGCUCCCCGGUCGACUCGGUUGAGGUGCUGAGAUCGGUGAGGACGCAGCUCGUGGGGAAAAUCUCCAAGCAGGUUCUGCAGCAGCUUCUGGACAAAAUGCUGGAGAACAAGAUUAUGAACGACAGUGAGAUCGAUCUCGGUUCUCAGAGCCAGGGGGACAAAGUCCGAGCCGUGGUUGACAUGAUCCGUAACAAGGGCCCCAAGGCCAGCUCGGCUUUCAUCGCCGGGCUGUGUGAGCUGGAUCCGUGUCUGGCAGAAGAUCUGAAGCUCAAGUAGAAGAAGGAGGAGAGCUGGUCCCAGAGACCGAGACCCUCUGACCCAACACUCUUACACUUAACCCAACAGAAUCUUUCAUCAGCUCCAGUAAGUGUCAGAAACAUGUUUGAUCCUUUGGUUAGGAGAACCAACAGGAAGUCCAAUCAGAACCACAUCAUGUCCUGAAAAACACUAAGCUAUCAGCCUAAAAGAUAAAGUUCUACAUUAAAUCACCAGAAAUAUGGUUCCAUCUGAUGCUACCAAGCACAGAACAGAUGGACCCUUAAUCUGCCGAGCAAUGUAGCCGGGUAAAUUCUGAUUGGAUUAAAUUAACCUGAAAACACUUUCUGAUUGGCUUGUCUCACUCGGAUCAUUUCAUAUGAAACCGAACAUAAAACUUAAAAUGAAAAAAAUGUUUUUGCUAAAUGCAUUGCCAUCAAUGAGUUCUUCAGGGCAGGGCUGUUCGCUGGGUUCUGUUCAGGUCUAACAGGUCCAACAUGUGAGUGUGCGUUCUUUCAUUGUCUCUGUGUAACUGCAGCUGAUCACUGAUUCUAAUAAAACAUUUUGACUCUGA